AUGGAAAACCUGCAAGGUGUGGGCGAUUCGGUGCCACAGAAACGAGCAAACGCGCCCACAGACAAAACCCUGACUUCCCGCGAGGCGAACACUAUCAACGACCUCUCUGACAAAAUUACCCAUCAGGCGUACAACAAAAAUGUCUUGUUUAGAAAAACUGAUCGCGAGGCCAACACCAGCCAAAAACUUAAGACCACUCAUCAAAAGUACACCAGCAGCUUGUUUGGAAGAAUAGUCAGCCAAUCUGAAGAAAUUCCCCGCCAGGCGUACACCAACGACCACUUGGCUGGAAAACUUGAAGAUAAAGCGAACAUCAGCAGCUACCUGCCUAAAAGAACUACUCGCCAAGGGACCAGCAGCGAUCUGUCUAGUAAAAUUGUCUCUCAAGGGUAUGCCAACAAUAACCUGUCUGGGAAAACUGCCCGUCAAACGUACACCAACAACGAUAUUUCUGGGAAAACUGCCCGUCAAACGUACACCAACAACGAUAUCUCUGGAAAAACUGCCCGUCAAACGUACACCAACAACGAUAUCUCUGGGGAAACUACCAACAACGUUAUCUCGAGGAAAACUACCCGUCAAGGUUAUACCAGUUACGUGUAUAACCGAAGUGGGGAAGGGUUGGCUAGUAUACCAACAGACAUACCAAUCAACAUAACUGUGUUGGAUUUGAGUAACAACAAAAUCAGUAUACUGCCGAAAAACUCGUUCAUUAAUCUGACUAAUCUCAACUACAUUAAUCUGUCGAGGAAUCGAAUAAAGCUCAUUGAAAACGGUUCUUUUAGUGGACUUCACUUGGAUUGGCUUGACCUAAGCUGUAACGACAUCGAAAAGAUAGAAGGUGGUGUAUUCGUCUCAUUGGUUGGGCAUCUAAAUCUCUCGACCAAUUACAUUUCAUAUUUAAACAGACAAUCCUUUUUCGGAGCGAUAUUGUUUACCUUGGAUAUUAGUAAUAACAUGUUAAGUUCAGACGGAAGUUUUACAGACGAUGUGUUCGUAUCACAGGCAAAUAGCUUAAUCUCUUUGCGUCUUCAUGACAACUGUCCAAGUAAAGACAGCAAAUCGGAAUAUCCCGACAAAGCUUUGUCGGUUUUGGUAUCUCUACAAAAUCUCACACUGCAUGGCUGGACCAGACUGUUUUUCGGACCAGGCUUUCAGAAAAUGAAGGCCCUCUCUCGUCUGAGACUUGGAUUCCCAAACUGCCAAACAAACGCUCUCCUUGGCGAUACGUUUCACAACUUGGAGAAUACACACCUGACUGUUCUAGAUUUAUCUCACUGCGAGCUGGUGUCUGUCGACAGUCUCGCGUUCAAACCUCUGCUCUAUCUACAGGAGUUGGAUCUCAGUGGCAACACGAAUCUAAAGAUCUACAAUGCUCUUGAAUCACUGAAUUCUUUCUGUGUAAGAGGCCAUACGAGAUUUAUGGAAAAGAUCAACUUUAGUAGAGUUAAUCCGUACGUUUCAAAGCAGACGAUAGCAGCAAACUAUACCCAGAUCACUGCAAAGACAGCUUCUUAUCUGUCACAAAUUGCCCUCAAAAGCCUCGAUCUUUCUUUUAACAGUCUUUUAAAUGUAUCCGAGGACGUCUUUAGCGGACCGAUUCUGAACUCUAUCGUGCAUUUAAGUCUGAAGGGAAAUGUUCUCAACAAUACUGAUAUAACAUUUAGUUUAUUAUCGCGAUUAUCAAGUGCGCGUAAUUUGCAGACUCUUGACAUGUCAUACCAAAGAAAAUCGUUUGCAGAAGAUCCUUUCAAACCAAGGCAGUGUAAUAGAGAGACAUCGUUUCUGUAUGAUUCUCAAACAACCUCAAGAGUGGGUGAAAUAAAAUUUAAACUUCCUCCUCGUUUGGUUGAAGCCAACUUCAGACAGUUUGACACGGGACCAAGCAGACCAGUUAGUUUUAGUUUUGUUGGCCGGUCACCCCUAGCAAAGGUAGACUAUUCGGGAAAUUGCUUUUCUUGUGACUCGGUAAUCAAGGGAUUAAAUACUGUUACUUAUUUAGAUGUUUCAAACUCUGCGUGUAGACAUUUGAAUGAGGUCAUUCUGCACCCGUUUCCCAACCUCGAGACGCUAUUCUUGGAUAAUUCAAGUCUAUCCAUUGGUCUUGAAGCCGACGAUUCAUACAAGUUUCUUCUCAGACUCACAAAAAUCACCACCAUUUCGUUAGCUGGAAAUGGUUUCAGCAAGAUGUUUAAUUCGACGUUUUUUCGCAAUCAGACUAAACUACAACGCCUAUUGCUUUCACGGAACGACUUUGACUCUAUUCCCAUCAAUGUUAGUGAAUUCUCUCAACUGGAAGAAAUUGAUUUAUCUUUCAACAAAAUAGAGACGUUAUCAGAGGAUGAGAGAAAUAGUCUCGAUAACCACACCGCCAGCAAAGCUGUGUUAAAGCUGCAUUUACGUGGCAACGUCCUUUCGUGUAUGUGUGACAACUUGGACUUCAUACUGUGGCUAUUUUCUACAAAUGUUACGCUAGAUAUCGAAGGAGACUACACUUGCAUCCUACAAGAUGGGACUUAUUCGAAUACCAAGUUUGUGUUUCAGUCAAUACAAAACGUAAAACUGAAUUGCAUGGGGCGCAAAAUUUUUGUCAUUGUUAUUAGCGUCUGCAUUGUGUGCAUCUCUAUAAUACUGAUAGCUGCCGUCUUGUACCGUCACCACUGGACCAUUAAAUAUGUUCUUCUUAAGGUCAGGGGAAGAAUGAUGUUAUUUCAGGAGUUGAAUGAAGACGAAUCUCAGAAUCCGUAUGACGCUUUCGUUGCCUACAGCCAACACGAUUAUCAGUGGGUAAAUGAUAAUAUUAUACAACCGCUGGAAGAGGAAAAAUCGUUUUGCCUAUGUAUUUGGGAACGCGAUUUUCAGUGCGGACUUUACAUUACUCAGAAUGUUACGGAUUCCAUUCACCAAAGUCGGAGGACCAUAUUUAUAGUAACGGAAAAUUAUUUACAGUCUGAGUGGUGUGAAUUUGAAAUGAGAAUGGCGUCAAUCCACGCAAUCCAAAACAUUACGCAUCGAAUAAUAGUGAUUCUUAAAGACAACAUACCACCACAUCGACUGCCGCCAUUUUUGAAAUCGGUUUGGGACAAGACUGUGUGUCUUCCGUGGUCAGAAGAUUCUAGGGGACGAGUUUUAUUUUUACAGAAACUCGAAAGAUCAUUAGCUUUAAGAAAUUCAAAUGCUGUCUCUGCCGAAGCGUAGCGUAAGAACUUGAAAUACCAUUAAUUUUAAGAAAUGCAAAUGCUGCCACCAAAUCUUAGCGUAAGAAACAUGAAAUACCAUUAAUUUUAACAAAUGCAAAUGCUGUCACUGCCGAAACAUAGCGUAAGAAACUUGAAAUACCAUUAAUUUUAAGAAAUGCAAAUGUUGUCACUGCCGAAACAUAGCGUAAGAAACUUGAAAUACCAUUAAUUUUAAGAAAUGCAAAUGUUGUCACUGCCGAAACAUAGCGUAAGAAACUUGAAAUACCAUUAAUUUUAGGAAAUGUAAAUGCUGCUACUGAAUCAUAGCGUAAGAAAAACGUACGAACUGAAAUAAUGUUGAAGACAAGGUUAUCCUUUAUUACUGGACUUAUUCCUAAUAUGUGCAGUAAUAUUAGCAAUAGUACUUUUCAGUUCUGUUCUAUAAGAAAUGACACCAAAGAUAAAUAAGUAUGUUUACAGACAUUGAAUAUCUCAGUAUAUAAACGAUACACAAUUUAUUUUUCAUGCUAACUAUGACUCAUUUGUAUGUUAAAUACAGGACCAUUUUCAAAAACUGUUUCAACAAUACAAAGUAAGGGCUGUCGAAAAACUACACUGUACAGUUUGUGAUUAAAAACUAUAUAUGACUGGCUGA